UAGUUAUGCUCCCCCCCUUGUUGGAGAAUUUCAAGAUCGUGAUGCACUAGUAGCUUAUGUUCAGACUUUUGGUGCAGCAAAUGGGUAUGGUGUAUCUAUUGCACGAUCAAAGCCAAACGUUGUAUAUUUAACUUGUGAUCGAGGAGGAAGUUAUCGAAACCAUCUAAAUCUUACUGAUGAGAUACGUCGUAGAAGCACCAGUUCAAGACUUAUAGGCUGUUCUUUUGCUCUUUGUGGAACAAAAAAGUCUAAUGGCAUUGGUAUAUUUUCUCAACAAAAUUCAGUGCCAGAAGAUAAUCAAUUAGAGCAAUUGCUUGAGGAAUUCUACCAACAAUAUAAUACCUGGAUGGUUCCACGCCAAACAAGAGCUCGAGAUGAGCUAUUGAAAAUAAUUACUAAACAACCAAUGCAUUUAUCAGAUCCAACUAUUGCUUAUACUAGAGGACGACCAAUGGG